AUGAGCGUGGCCGUGAUGCACAUCUGCCUGCCUGCCCAAGGCGGACCGCUUCCACUUCCUUUGCCGAGACGCUGCCAGGAGCAGGCCAAGAGAGCUACGUAUUUACCAAAACUUCGGCAAAUGAAGAUGGAAAAAAGGUGGCUUUUCUGCCUCUUUUGUUUGCUCUCGGUGCCCAGCGUGGCAGGCCAACCUGAAGACGUCAUUACACAAAGAGAAGUGGUCCAUGCUUUGCCAGGUACUGACGUGACCCUGGCGUGCAGCUUCCCAAAACCACCCACCACCUACAUAAUACAGACACAGUGGUCCAAGACUGAUGACACCCAGCUCACCAGAAUAGCUGUUUAUCACCCCGUUUUUGGCACCCAUUACUUCACCUUUCCUGAAGCUUCUUACAACUUUUCGGUGUCCUUCAGCACAAGAAAGUGCUGCAGCUGGGAUGUUCCGGAGGCUUUGUGUUCCCCUGAUCCGAACACCACAUCUGAAUGCAGUCGGUUGGCUCUGCAUCUGAAAAACGUUACCGUCUCCCUUAGCGGGCAGUACGAGUGCAGUUUUGCUACUUACCCAUAUGGGACAAAGGCUGCAAAAAUCCAACUUAUUGUCAAGGCAGAAGAGGAGCAGCACUACGUGAAGGAAGUGCAGUUAAACCAGACUUUAGAAAUUCCAUGCCUUCAGGACACGACCUCAGAAAAUUUGUCCAAUUAUCCUUUGAAAUGGCUAGUGGGAGAAAAUGGCAGGAGAGAGCAACUUGUGACCAAGGAUCCCUGCUGCCCUGCAGUGUACAGCAACGGCAGCACUCUGUACGGGCAAAGAGUCCGCCUGGGCUUGAAUAACACUCUAAAGAUUUUCCCCACCAAAAUCAGGGAUGAUGGCAGGGUGUUUUCCUGCCAUGUGAUGUUCCACCCGGAGAGAGUCCAGAAGAGCAGCACCACCGUGAGAGUAUUCGCCUACCCUCAGAUCUCUGUGAGCCUGCAGGAGGGUUCAGCUGGCACCUCGCAGAAGCCUAACGUGAGCUGUGUCGUGAGGAAGGUGUUUCCCAAGCCAAACCUCGUCUGGUACGUGGACAGAGAGAGCCUGACGGAGCAUCCUGGAGACAUUUCUGUUGAACAGGAUGACUUGCAAGACAGUGAAGGUUUCUAUCAGCUGAGAUCAACACUGAUAUUGCAAGGGACUCACCAGACACAUAGGACGUUCUCGUGUGCAUGUCUGUUUUCCUUCCUUGGGAAUGAAACAUGGAAUAUUUCAUCAGAAGAAAUAUCUGUUUCCUUCGACCUUGGAAACUCACCACUUCCAUCAGCUGUCAUGACCACCUCAGAGCGCCAGUCGACAUCUUUGGCCUCUCUGGAUUUCACAAGUCAAGCAAGCUUGGCUCCUGCUUCCACAACAAAAGGAGCACUGAUUUCUACCGCAGAGACAAAAAGUUACACCAGCACCACAGCAUUCAAUGAGAGUUUGACGACAGCACAUUUGAAUGAUCCCACCACCGAAUCCCCGCAAAGCCUCAGGACAGACACACACUCCUCCAAAAAUACAACCCUUGUGCAUCGUAACCUGUCCUUCAGCAUCACUGAUGAGCCAAUUUCAGUUACCAGAGGGAAAGAUUUCUUUACUACCAGCAGUCUGCUCAAUAGUACUGGUGGUGUGAGGAACACGAAAGCCGGUCGCUUCCCCUGGCCGACUGUGGUAGCCAUCCUCCUCCUCUUCUGCAGUUUUCUAAUAGCGUUGGGCAUCAGGAAAUGGUGUCAGUACCAGAAGGAGAUUAUGAACAGACCUCCAUCUUUCAAGCCACCGCCACCUCCAAUAAAGUACAUCUCCAUGGUGGAGUCUGACGGGACCCCCCCAUCCUGCCAUGAACUGGAGAACCUGUAA